UAAAUCAAGUUAAUCUGAAUCAUAAGAAAUGCUGAUAAUACACUUGGAUAUUCCCUACAUGCACAACAACGAAUUCGCACAACCUUACUUUGAAAAUGCGCGCCAAAAUGCGACAGCUGCGCUAUCUGCACCAGGCCCGUGACUGAGGAAACAAACAGUCCCCCGCCUUUUAACAUUGAGUGAACGGAGUGAACCGCGGUGAACCGGCCCUGAUAGAGCAACAGAAAUGAACAGAAACACGUUGCUGAAGAGUGUGUGUAAAUAGUGAUAAAUAGUUACUAGCUGGUUACUAGUGAAAUGUUUGUAUUGUCAAUAGUAGGUUAAGCUCAAGUAUCUAACUUUAUUACUAAAGAUGUCUCAAUGACGGCUAGCAGACAUAACUGAAAUGUCACGUCACCAAUGUAAUCUUAACAACUACAAAUACAGAAGAAAGAAAAGUGAAUGUCUAUAAUAUAAGGGAACUCUUUUUAUUGAAAUAAUAAAGGAACAUUCAGAAGGAAGAAGAGGUUUAAUAGUAUUUUUUAAGAAUGUCUUUUGAAAACAAGGAAGUCACACUUAAGUUCAUUGAAGAUUAUUGGGAGAAGGAAGCUUUAUGUGAUUCUUCUAAAAAAGAUUGUAAUAAGCAAUUGAGGGAAGAUGUAUUGAGCCAGUUUGUAUCAAAACACAAUUGCGAAAUUGUAACCAUAAAAAAUAAGAUUAAAACCCUCCUUUGGCACAGAAUUUGAUAGUGCUUAAAAGGAGAAGUGGGAGUGGAGGAAAUGACAACUAUGUCUCUAAGUGGUUUGCUUUGGAACCAUUAAUGUUUUCAAUAGAUGUUUCUUGUCCUGAAGAGACAUGGGAUUCAUUGGGAGUAAUAUAUCCAACAACUUCUCUGGAAGUUGUUUUAGAAAGUGAAGACAAGGGUGAUAGGACAGAAGAUAUUCUUAAGUCUUCACAACUGAGCCCCAUUAGUUAUCCACCCCCCACCCCCAUCGUAGGUUCCAGAAGUGGAAGUGGGAUGAAGAGGAAGAAAAGGCCUACAAAAAAUGAACCAGGCCCAUUCAAUGACGUGACUCACAAUAGAACACUGAAGUUUCGGGGAAAUGAUAGCCCAAAAAAUACAGAAUUUAAAUACUGAAAAAUUUAAAUUAGAGCUAUUAAAAAUAAUCAGUACUAUUGAAUUAAGUGAUGAAAAUUUAAAUGCAGCAAUCAUGGUUGGUGUGCCCCAGUCCUCCUGCCUGCAUCCUACAGUUCCAAUCGUUUCUGUGCUCCUGUCCUCCUCCACCACUAUGACUAUUUUUUUCACAUGUAAAAUUCAUAGAAAAUAAAGAAAAGUUUCAGAGAAAACGGCCUGCCUUCAUGUAGUGAAGAACUUCUUGAUGCACCUAGCAGUUACAAGAAUUAUUUCCGCUAUGCUUUUCUUUGAUAUAUGAAAUGCAAGGCUUAGUCUGGAGCAAAUCACCAGUAGCUAGGUAACGCAGAGUAAUUGCAAGCCUUAUUUCGGUUGGAAUUGCACUAAUCACCGUAUUUUGUCUCGAAAUACGUCCUCUCUCUCUCUUUUUUUUUUUUCCUUCAGUAAAACCGAGAAUGUCAGGAGACAGUGUAAAAUUUGUAAACAAAUUACAAAUAAUGGUUUUCUUUCCUUGUUUAAAAUAUUGUCUCAUCCACAUGCGCCUCUCUCUUUCUCUUCGACUAAUUAUAAAAGAAGUUGCUGAAAUUGCCGCGCAAACAGCUGGAUCCAUUGAACAGAACUGAAACAGUGUUGCACCGUGUGGAGAGGGUAGCGCAUGCGCACUGAAUUGAACUUUCGCCUUUCAACUUUGUGCAUGCAAUUUUGUUCCCGCAACACACCAGAAAAGUCGCAUUGAGUGGACGCGCCAUGGCUGGCACAAACUCCGUAAACGAAUUGCAUUAUGGGAACGCCCUUGAACCAUUGGUAACUUACCGUGGCGGCACCAUGUGUUGACCUUGUUGUGCAGAGUACCUUCGUGCAACUGUGUGUGUGUGUUUGUUGAAGAAUGGUAAUGACGUGUGGUAAUGUUAGUGUCUGAUAUUGUGUGAUAACGUGGAAAGCGUGAUAACUGUUAUGUUUCAUUAAUUAGUAAGGUUUCUCUUUGAUGAAGUCUGAUUACUGAUAUUCUGGGAAGUGUUUGCCUUUUUUUGACUGUGUGCUUAUCAAGUGAUAAUGUCAACUGUGAAAACGGAUUCCCACGUGAGUAGUAAAUACGAAGCAUCACUAGUGAAAUGUUAUGAUCCAGGAUGUAUCAUUUUGGACAUACACUACAAGGAUAGGAAUAUGGUUGCAGAAACAGAACAAAUUAAACUCUUUAAUCAAGACAUCACAAAGUAUUGGAAUACUCACAAAGAUGACCCAGUUGAAGGCAGAAGAUAUCAUCUAGGAGAGAUUGUUGCUGUCAAUGUGGUAAAUUCAUGGAAGGCAGCAAUGAUUGUGAACUUCAUAAUUAAAGGAGGUCUUCAUUAUUAUGAAUUAGUCCUUCUGGACACUGGGAAUCUUAUUGAAGUUCAUAGAAUGGAUUUCCGUGGAAUGGAUGAAGAUGUCAAAGUACAUCACCGAUUUGCAUUUUUUGGAAUGAUGAAUUUAAUCCCAGCUGGAGAUGAUGCAAGGUCGCACCCAAGUUGGAAUAUUGAUGCCUGUCAUGAUUUGCAGAUUAUGUUUGAUUUGGCCUCUUCGAUUACUGUUGAUAUGAUGGCAAAACAGAAGUUUUGUAAUUCUGAACGAGUAUUUGGCAACAUUUACAUUACUAUAGGACAUCACAUAAUUGAUGUAAAGGAAAAUCUAGUUAAGAAUAAUUCAGCUUAUGAGAACCCAGAAGCAUUUAACAGCAUGCAUGCACUUGCAUAUGAAGAUUUUUUUGUCACACACGAGUUUCUCUACCGCUACACCCAGAACAAAUGUUUGCGCUACUCCAUAUUCGCCGUCUGCGUGCGCCGGCCGCCGGGACUGGCGUCGCCUCCUCGAACGCGCAGCUGCUGUGCGUAAGGGAAAUACCAAAUCGUGAACAGAAAUUGGAAGAAGCAGCAAAAUAUGAAGAAAUAGAAGUGGAAGAGAUUACUGAUGAGAAUUUAGAUGACCAUCUAAUUAACUUUUGGCGACCAGGAGGUGCUGAUCCCCUUUCACACCAAGAAAGAAUGAGAGUGCGGCAUAAGUUGUCCGCCGAAGGUCGAAUAACGUUUAGUCGUCACCAGUCUCUCUUAGAAAGUGUCCCUUCGUUGAAUAAUAAUACUCGUAAAAUUCAGGAGGCAGGGCAUUCAGACUCCUUGAAUGCUUUUCAAAGACCUGCUCCUGUGGAUGUACAAGCUGGAUUCCAGGCUACUCAAGGAAGAAAAUUUUUACUUUCUAUGGCUUCAUCUGCAAGAAGAGAUUCUUGGAGUGAAACAUCAAAGGAUUCUUCAGACAAUGACUGCACUGACCAUGUCACAGAAGUUCUGAAGCAUUUGAGAAAACCUUCUGCAUCUGAAGAUUAUGAAAGUGAAGAAUACAGUUCAUCUUCUUUUAAGUGUGUUGCCUCUGAGGAUUAUGAUGACUUUUGUGAACCGAAAGUGGAAAGGAAAUAUAAUCUAACAAAACCACUAUCCAGUGAUUCAAAUGAGUUUGUCUCAGAUGAAAUUGAGCAAAAGUUUUAUGCCCUUUUCAAAUAGAAAUUAAAAGAUGUGUAAGUCUUUUCCUGAAAUACUUUUAAGUUAUUUUACAAUUGCAAAAAAAAAAUACCAAAAAAUGUGCAGUAAAAAAUAUUACAACUUUGCAAAACUGUGUUAUGUAUCCUUAAAUUUCCCAUUAAUCCACUUAUCAACUUAUUUCACUCUUUGGAUGUGAAUAUAAAGUUAAUGAAAUAUUA